CAGACCUGACCCUCACAUCAAAUAAGUAUUGUAAUAGAUGAACUAGGAGAGCAUCUGCCAAGGCUCAGGGGCUGACUGCACCAGUUACUAGUGCAGUCAAGCUACAAUCAAGCAGACAUCUUGUUUAUCUUCUGAAGGAUGAGAAGGCUAAUGGUGCUCGUGGAAUUGUAAUUGGGUUCCUAAAGGUGGGAUACAAGAAGCUUUUCCUUCUGGACCAAAGAGGAACACACAUUGAGGUGGAACCACUUUGUGUGUUAGAUUUCUAUGUUCAUGAGUCUGUGCAACGGCAUGGUUAUGGAAAAGAAAUCUUUGAUUUUAUGCUUUUGCAAGAGCGUGUUAAUCCACAUCAGCUGGCAUUUGACCGACCAUCCCAGAGGUUUCUUUCAUUCCUUAGAAAACACUAUCACCUUUCUGCCUCUGUUCCUCAGGUUAACAAUUUUGUGGUAUUUGAGGGAUUUUUUCGUGACAGAUUAGAAGUUCCAGUCAGGAAAUUACCACCCAAAAAAACUGAAGGGGAAAUUAAACCCUAUUCACUUACUGAAAGAGAGGCCCUGAAGGAAGAGCAGAAGGGCCUUCCUUGGCCUUUUAGUCAGUCUCCUUCUCUGACCCGCUCUCUUAGUGUGGGUGCAUCACCAAACCGGGUUAAUGGGACACAGAGUGUUCUGGAGUGUACUGCAGCCCUCAAAGAAAUCAAAUUACAGAGGCCUCGACCAGGAUUCCGAAAUGGAGAACAGUAUCACCUCAGUUCUGCCUCUGAAAGGAGGCGUACCAGUAUUACUCCCAGCCAACAAGGAAUGGUCGCCAGAGAUAAUCUUUACAGUCGGUACAGCAAUUACAGGUUAAAUACAUCACCUAGACAGCAAGGGUUGAAGGACUUCAAGCCAAUUGAAACACGCUCUGAAACAUUAAUCCCAGCUACAGCCACAGUACUGCCAGUGAAUUCAAAAACAGAUCAGGAUCCUUCUACUACUACGACUACAAACCAAAGACAUGGGUGUCUUGAAGAAACUAAGGUGCCACCUCUGAAUCUCAAAGUCCAUAAUGAGGAAGAAGUAGUGAAGACCAUUUCCCAGAAUCGAGAGGCACCCCUUCUUUCCAAACAUAAUGAAUCAUAUUCUGAGCCCUUAGCUCCUCGUAACUGUCUUCCUACUUCUGUAAACUAUACAACCGAGUUAAAAUCUAUCUUGUCUCAACCAAAAACCCUUACUAAUGGACUAGGGUUUGAAGAAAUCUGGACUCCAUAUCCACCAAAAAAAUCAAAUGUAGGUUCUCAGAUACCACCCCAGGGGAAUAUUUCCUGGACAGUAAUUGAACAACCAUUUACAGCUCAGUGGGUCCGGCGCAAGCAGGAGUAUAGGAGCACCCGUCCUUGGUAAAGUUCACAAUUGGUAUAGCCAUGCAGAACUGCAGAGUCCUGUCAGUUGUUUCUUGGAGAACUUGUUAAAAAGUGGGUUCCACAAAUGUUUAAAUGUUUUUACCAUUUACCUCUUAUUUUAACAAUUUCAUGGUUCAAGCACUCGUGGUUAUUCCAAGUUCCUAUGCCUAAGUACUACACAUUAUAUAUAUAUUUUAAAUUUAGUAAUUAAGUGCCUUUCUGCUGCUGCAUGAAAUAAAGGUAUUCAGGCAGUUGAACAUUAUCAAUAGUUGCUGUAACAAUAAUAACAAUUUCCUUUACAAGCAGAGAAAAGCCAAGCAAAAUGACACC